AUGGCAAGUACCAGUCUCAACCUCUUUUCAGCUAUUCUCCUGCUCAUCCUUCUUAGCAAAGGCAUGAGCCAAAGGUGCUCUACAAAUGACCUGCAAAUUAGCCAAGACAAAACUGGGGUUUUGGUGCAAGCACAGCCAGAAUUUGAGGUGAAGGUUCUGAAUGCAUGCCCAUGUCUUCAAGGGAAUGUGAAAUUAGGCUGCAAUGGAUUUCAAACGACUGACGAAGUCAACCCUUUGACAUUGCUCAAAUCAGGGAAUGAGUGUCUCCUCAACAAUGGCUCAUCUCUUAUACCAUUUUCUCAGAUUAGUUUCAAAUAUGCUUGGGACACACAAUUCUCAUUCAAGCCAGUUUCCUCUGAGAUCAACUGUAAUUGA